AGGUUUUUACCUUGAGUCUGGCGCCUUAGACCACUCGGCCAUCCUGACAACUACGGCAACAAAGCCGAAUCUCUAGCUUUAGUAACUCAACAUGGGCGUCAGGGACGUUUGGAAUUAGAAAAACCGAAAGAUCCACUAGGUGUGCUAUAGAAACUUGUUACCAAACGUACUUCCGGUUGAAAGACACGUGACUCCCAGCAACCCACGUUCCAGUCAUUCUUACGAAACAAAACAGUUAAAAACACCCUCUGUUUGAUAAACCCCGUUCAUUCUAUAGAGUCGACACAGACCACUGCUGUCUGAGUGAAACAUGUCUUUUUACAGGAAUGCCGUUUGGUUUGUGAAAGGAAUGCAGGAAUAUACGAAGAGCGGCUAUGAAGCUGCAGCGAAGCAUUUUGCUCCCGCUGACCUGGAUGUAAACCUCAGUGGCAGGUCCUUUAUGGUCACAGGGGCCAACAGUGGGAUAGGAAAAGCUACAGCGCAGGAAAUUGCCAAAAGAGGAGGAACUGUUCACAUGAUUUGUCGAAACAAGGGACGAGCAGAAACAGCCAAAGACGAGAUUGUGGCACAGAGUAAAAAUGAGAAUGUUCACGUCCACAUUGUGGACAUGUCAAGUGUGCGGCAGGUGUGGGAGUUUGCACAGAACUUCUCUCAAAACAACAAGCUGCACGUGCUGAUCAACAAUGCAGGCUGCAUGGUCAACCAGAGGGAGUUAACAGAGGAGGGUCUGGAGAAGAACUUUGCCACAAACACGCUUGGUACCUAUAUCCUCACCACUGCACUGAUACCUGCUAUGAAGAAAGUGGAAGACCCGAGAGUGAUCACUGUGUCGUCAGGCGGUAUGCUCACCCAGAAACUCAACGUGGACGACCUCCAGUCGGAGAAGGGCACCUUUGAUGGCACCAUGACUUACGCUCAGAACAAGAGACAACAGGUGAUCCUCACAGAGAGGUGGGCUUCUCAGCACAAAGAGAUCCACUUCUCCUCCAUGCACCCCGGCUGGGCCGACACACCGGCCGUACAAUCAUCCAUGCCUUCAUUCCAUGCCAAGAUGCAGUCCAAGCUGAGGACGGAGGCCAUGGGGGCAGACACAGUGGUGUGGCUCGCUGUAUCUGCAGCCGCCAUUAAGCAACCAAGUGGGCUGUUCUUUCAAGAUCGCAAACCGGUGGCGACCCACCUGCCCCUGGCUUCCUCCCGCUCCUCUCCGCAGGAGGAGGAGAAACUUUUGGCGGUCCUGGAGGAGUUCGCCCAGAGUUUCAAACCUUGAUGUCUGGAAACUCUCUUUUUAAAAUAAAAGCACUCCAAUGACACUAAAUGUUUACAAAAUAUAAUUUUUUCCAACUAAUUAAACAUGUUUGACUAAAACAACAGUCAAGUUUAUAAAUAUUGUAUUAAAAAAAUGACCCUUUUUAUAGUUUUCAAAGGCAUUUCCUGUACAAGAUGUAAAAAGAGGUUUUAAAUCAUCAGAUAUGGUUGAAAUGCUGUUACACAUCGACUUAAUCAAGCUAAGGAAAGUUAUAUUCUCUGUGUUGUGUAUACACACACAAUGAUCAUAUGUUUAAUAAUUUAUGUAAAAUGUAUUACUUGAUUUAAUUAAAUUGACCUAUUUUCUA